AUUUUUUCUUAAAAAUACUUAUCAUUUCCCCAAUAAUUAAUUUAUUGGAUUGUUAGAUCUAAAAAACACAUCCACACGAUCCAACGGUUUGAAAUGUUCCUAAUAAUUGACAUUGGGAUUGGAUAAAAAGAUAUGUUUUAGUAGCCGGGCCAAUACUCCUUCCGAUCAGCAAGCCCUAGCUCGGUCCGUGGGGUUUUCGAUCGUCACCAAUCUCGGCAAAUACCUUGGAGUCUUCUAAGUCUGCUUUCUCUUCUGAUAGGAAGAUUGAAGUUCCCAAACCAGAGUUUACUACAUUAAUAUACGAGUCUUGAUUGUGACUUUUGGAGGGGAGUAAACUAUGGCAGCUGGGGUAUUUUGCUGCUUCAUCAUCAUCCUUCUACUUUUAGAGCCUCAGCAACUGGUCAAUGCUGGGAACCCUGAUCUAAGGCUGAAACUCGGCAGUCAAAUUCUUCAGGAGUCCAUCGUUAAAUCAGUUAAUGGUAAUGCUGAAGCUGGAUGGGAAGCUUCUAUGAACCCUCGAUUUUCCAACUAUACAGUUGGCCAAUUUAUGCACCUUCUCGGAGUCAAAACCAUGUCAGAAGGUGAUGUGAGGGGAAUUCCUGUUAUUGCUCAUGAAGAAGGUCUGAAGCUGCCAAAAACGUUUGAUGCACGAGUUGCUUGGCCUCAGUGUAGGACAAUCAGGGAAAUUCUUGGUCAGUUGCGUUUGUUAUAUUCUAACUAUUUCCCUUCUCCAUCUGAUUUGGGUUGUUUGAAAUUCAAAGAUCAGGGCCACUGCGGUUCCUGUUGGGCUUUUGGUGCAGUUGAGGCACUCUCUGACCGCUUCUGUAUUCAUUUCGACUUGAACAUUUCCCUCUCUGUCAAUGAUCUCUUAGCAUGUUGCGGCUUUAUGUGUGGUGAUGGCUGUGAUGGAGGGUACCCCAUAUCAGCAUGGAGAUACUUUGUCCAUACUGGUGUUGUGACUGAAGAGUGUGAUCCCUACUUCGACAAUAGUGGAUGCUCACAUCCUGGUUGCGAGCCUGCGUAUCCAACUCCCAAGUGUGAGAAGAGAUGCAAAAAACAAAACCUUUUCUGGCGGAAAUCUAAGCACUUCAGUGUCAAUGCAUAUAAAAUCAGUUCUGAUCCAUACAAUAUAAUGGCUGAAAUUUUCUUAAAUGGACCAGUAGAGGUCUCAUUCACCGUGUAUGAGGAUUUUGCUCACUACAAAUCAGGAGUUUAUAAACACUUGACAGGGGAUCAGAUGGGAGGUCAUGCAGUUAAGCUGAUAGGGUGGGGAACUACCGAAGAAGGGGAGGACUAUUGGCUUUUAGCAAAUCAAUGGAAUAAAAGCUGGGGUGAUGUGCGUGCUCUGUUGAACUCUUCCUUGAGAUCUUUAGAAUAUCACUUUUUAAGGAAACGCGUGGGAACUAUUUUGGAAGGAACCAUUAAUUCGUACCCAAAAAUGAUGGCAGAUGGGUACUUCAUGAUCAGAAGAGGAACAAAUGAAUGUGGCAUUGAAGAAGAUGUAGUUGCAGGGUUACCUUCAUCAAGGAACUUAAUUUCCAAGUAUGGCCAUGUGGAUGCAUCACUUGAUACCUCAGCCUGAGACUUGAACAUCAUACGAGCCCACGUGAUUGAACUAUGCAUGAAGCAUUGAAAUGUUCAUCUUCUAUUGUGUUAACUGCCAUAUGAUACUAAUAUUUCCAGGGCACCUUGGGUAUAGUUUGUAUUCGGAUUGUAAUUUCUGUAUCGUGCAUGUAGUUCUGUUUCGACCCUAAAUGAACCGUUCUUGGCGUUUUAAACGUGGGAAGGUUCUUUUGUAUAAUAAGGUAAUUUUUAUAUUUGGAAAACGAGCAUUAGGAAUUACUCCCUUCGAUUCGUUCAUAAUUUGCAGAUGAUGAUCAACAUUGUCCGCGCUGAAUAUGAAAAAAUGAAUGUGAGGUGCUUGAAUAAAAUGUAA